AUGAUAUUAAAACAACUAGGGUUUACGACCAUGAUCAGAAGAAGUCUCCGUCUUUGCAACAAGAGGAGAACCUAUGUUGUUCCUUUGGAUCUGCAGAUCGAGAUUCUUAGCCGGUUGCCUUCAGAAUCCGUAGUUAGGAUUAUGCUCGUAUCUAAAUCAUGGCGAGAAAUCAUCCUCAGCAAGAGUUUCAUGAGGUUACGAUCCUUGACUCAGCCUUUGCGUUUCCUACUAGCUUUACAGGAUAUAGAUUACCAAACUGGACGCAUAAAUUGCAGCUUCUUCUCUUCUUCUUCUUUAUCGUCAUCAUCAACAUCGAUAUCAACCACUUUUCUAUCCACAGUAACUUUUCCUCUCCGUCGUCGAGCCUCGUACCCUAGUUAUUACGUGAAUGGUCUGAUCAACAUUGGUGAGUUCAUAUGUAACCCUUGCAACGGGAAGACCGUAUCUUUGCCGAAGCUUGUCAAAAUAACAGCUGCUAGUAGACGAAGGAUAACCGAGCGAUUUUUUGGAUAUGAUCCUGUCAAUAAUCAGUACAAAGUAUUGUGCAUCACCAUGCAUCCUGUAGGACGAGCAACACAGAUUUUUUCGAAAACCAAAUUUGUAACCUUUCAGGUAUUCACAUUGGGAGCUAAACCUAAAACAUGGAGAUUCAUCGAUUGUGGCAUUCCUCACACAACUUUGUCUAAAGGUCUGUGUAUUGAUGGGUUUGUGUACUACAUUGCGAGGACGGACGCAAGAAUGAUGUGUCUGAUGAGAUUCGAUUUGAACUCUGAGAAGUUUAAUAUCUAUGCUAGAGUAUCUGAGGAAAUGAAAGCUUUGUAUUUUCGAGACAACGGUUCUAGAACUUUGUUAAACUACCAUGGCAAAGUAGCCGUAGCCAUUCAGCCUUCUCACUCAGUGCCUUCAAUUGAUUUGUUCAUUUUCGAAGCAGGAAAACAGGAUUACAAAGAGAAGUCUUUCGAUAAUCUUCCCCAGCUUCAUUUGCGUGUGAAAGGUGUUAUUAAUCAUAUGGGUGACAUUAUUUUUGCACCUAGCUGUUCCGAAGGUGAUGAUAUUGUUAUUAUCCACCAUGAUCUCAAGGGAGCCAGUUUUAAGAAGAUGAAGUUUGAAGUCGCAAAUCAUGAUUGGUUUAAUGAAUCAAAUUAUUUCAUGGGUUACGUAGAGAGUCUUAUGCUGAUUUAAGCUGGGGAGAGUUAUCAUUUUUUUUGUUUAUUGUGGGAUGUUGCCGCUACCGUUCAUGUCUUUUGGUUCCAUUUACUCUUUCCUAUAUAUUAUUCUUCUAAACUCGAGAUGAUGUUCCUAAUAAGGUUAUGCCUUGUACAAUGCACAAGACAGAAAAAAAAAAACGUUGUCUCCAAUUGCUUGUCCAGGCCUUUAAAGCAUAUUUCAACCGGCACAUUACACAGUAGUUCGUUGAAAACUGAAGCAUGAUCUGGCGACCUGUGAACAUAUAUAUAUACUAGGAGUUUUCCAGCGCCAUGUGCAGAAAUAGUAAU